AUGGAGUUUUUUUAUUGGAAGGGAGUCGAUUUGACGACAUACCCAUGGAGGGAAGGGGGAGUGAUUCUAUCAUUUGAUUUCGCCCAUCAAGUGUUUGAGAAAUUGCUUCUACCAGAUAUUUUCGACAAUCCUUAUCUUGGGUAUGAGAUUGCAAUCAUUAAUGGAUUACCUGCUGUAAUUUCAUACUAUCUAUAUGAUUAUGAGACAUUGUUUGAUAUAUGGAUAAUGACUGAACGUGGAGUGAUAGAAUCUUGGAUCAGAUUAGUCAGUUUUGGACCACUCCCGAAUCCUAUUAGACCAUUAGGAUUUUGGAAUAAUAGUGGAUUGCUCUUGGAAGACUUUGAAGGGCGGCUGAUGUUAUAUGAUCACAGCACCCAACAGCUGAAAAAUCUUCAUCUUCAACUCGAGGGAGACUUGGGAACUUUAGAAGUAGUGAACUAUGAGGAGAAUCUUGUUCCCAAACAACUCUAG